ACGAAGGCUAGCCGGCCAGGUGAAUACCGAUGACUGAUGAGAGUACGUAGUGAGGAGACCCCUGUUGGUUUAGCUACCCGGCCUCAAUAAUCUAGCUGACUGACUGACUGACUGACUUAAUUAGAUCGAUGUUAGCACUAGCUAGAGACCACAACCACCGUCAGACGACCAAACACCUGCACCCGCACACUCCCUCAGUCAUCCAUCGUCCACAGUGAACCAUCAACCAUCUCUCUGUCUGUCUGACUAGCUGUCGAUUUCCUUGGUCCUUGCUCCUAUUUCCAUGGAGACCUCGAGCUCUAACUAGGAAUGAGGCCUCAGUACGUCCGAUCACCUACUCCCAUUCCCAUCGUUGUCUGCCUAGCUUAAUUAGCUAUAUACCGCGCUCAGCACAGGCCUGCUUCCUGCAGUACCCAGCCUGCAAGGAGCUAGUGUCCCGUCGAGAAUUGAAGCUAGCAUGAGUCGGGCGGCGGCAAUGGCCGCCGUGGCGGCGGCGGUGCUGGUGUGCGCCACGGCGUUGGGAGUAGUAGGAGCGGAGGUGGUGGACGAGUUCGGUGGCGGGGCGUCCUUCAUCUUCGGGGACUCACUCGUAGACGCCGGCAACAACAACUACAUCCCGACUCUAUCCCGGGCCAACAUGACGCCCAACGGCAUCGACUUCGCGGCGACGGGCGGGGCACCGACGGGGCGGUUCACCAACGGGCGGACGAUCGCGGACAUCAUCGGCGAGAUGCUGGGUCAGGCGGACUACUCGCCGCCGUUCCUGGCUCCCAACACGAGCGGCGGCGCGAUCCUGAACGGCGUCAACUACGCCUCCGGCGGGGGCGGGAUCCUGAACGGCACGGGGAAGGUGUUCGUGAACCGGAUCGGGAUGGACCUGCAGGUGGACUACUUCAACGUCACGCGGCGGCAGCUGGACGCGCUGCUGGGGAAGGAGAAAGCCCGCGAGUUUCUGAGGAAGAAGGCCAUCUUCUCCAUCACCGUUGGGUCUAACGACUUCCUCAACAACUACCUCAUGCCCGUGCUGUCUACUGGCACCAGGAUCCGUCAGUCGCCUGACGCCUUCGUCGACGACCUCAUCUUCCACCUCCGGGACCAGCUCACGAGGCUGCACACGCUGGACGCGCGCAAGUUCGUGGUGGCCAACGUGGGGCCGCUGGGGUGCAUCCCGUACCAGAAGACCAUCAACAGGGUGGGGGAGGACGAGUGCGUGAAGCUGCCCAACCAGCUGGCGGCGCAGUACAACGCCCGGCUCAGGGAGCUCAUCGUCGAGCUCAACGGCAACCUCCCCGGCGCCAGGUUCUGCCUCGCCAACGUCUACGACCUCGUCAUGGAGCUCAUCACAAACUACCCCAACUACGGGUUCGAGACGGCCAGCGUGGCGUGCUGCGGCAACGGCGGGUCGUACGACGGGCUGGUGCCGUGCGGGCCGACGACGAGCCUGUGCGACGACCGGGACAAGCACGUGUUCUGGGACCCCUACCACCCCAGCGAGGCCGCCAACGUGCUGCUCGCCAAGUACAUCGUCGACGGCGACACCAAGUACAUCUCGCCCAUCAACCUCAGGAAGCUCUACUCACUCUGAUCAUUUCUUUUGGCCGGCCGUCGACGUCGAGCCUUUGCAUUUCCGGCGUGCAAUGCAACUGUUGUAUGUAAUCUGUAAUUUUUGGGUGCGAGGAAAUCAAUUUAGCAUGUGAUUUUCGAGUGUACGUAUAUUGUACUGUAGCCAAACUAUAAUUAACUUUUAAUAAAGA